AUGGCAAAAAAGAAUGCUCAGGAGGCCUACCAAAGGGUCCGGGAGGCUAAGGCGAAGUCCCGGGCUAGGUCCGGGGUAGUCAUCUCUCCUCCCCCUCCACCUCCUCCUCCUAAGAACACUGGCACUCCUACUCAACCUAUUGUUCUUUCUUCCUCGAGCUUGCCCCGACCACCCCCCUCUGCCCAAAUUCUCUCCGAACCCGAGAAGAAGAAGCGCAAGACUUCAGAGUCUGGCUAUUCUUCCUUCGAUGGUGGGGUGGUUAUUGACGGCGCCAUCGUUGAUCCUCCCGUCCCCGAGGUCAUUUCCGAGUCAGACCUGAAGACUCGGGGACAGAGAAUUAUCGAGUCUCCUCCUCGUCCUACAGAUGCCUCCGGUUCUUCUUCCGUUCCUCCUCCCGGUCCUGGUGGUGUCCCUCCUGGUGGUGUUCCUCCUGGUGGUGGCGAUUCCUCUACUCCGCAGAAAAAAUGA